AUAAUGCUUUGUCUGAUGCCUCCUAGGGACUGUCCGAGUACCGUGCCGGCUUUGUUAGUUAUAGGCUGGAAAUAUGGUUCCCUGACUGUCACACGUAAAAGCACAAUCCGCUGCUUCUCUCCUGUCUUCACGUGUAAAAUCUGUAGCUUUGGGCUCAGCAUUUUGUCGUCAGAGGCAAUUUGUCAGGCUGGGGAUUCCUCUCAUCGCACAACAAUGACAGCCUGCGACUUUCAGAAACAGGCCGCUGCUGCAAAGAGGGCAUUAGUUGGACUUGGGUGACAGGUCAUUAAGUAUGUGAGGCAGACCACGCGGAGCUCCCUCCGUAGGAGAUAGCCGGAGGCGUCACUACACCCGCAUGUGCAUGCUGGGGAAUGCCUCUGAUUUCUCAUCGCUCCUGACCACAGAAGGCCAGCCUGUGUAUGUCGCUCAGGAAUAUUUCUGCACCUGUUUGUACCCUCUGUCCCAUGAGGUUUCCACAAAGACUGCUGGUCUGUUUGGUGAAGUGACCCCACCAUGCGUGAAUACAAAUUAGUGGUGCUAGGCUCGGGAGGCGUGGGGAAAUCUGCGCUGACAGUCCAGUUUGUACAGGGAAUUUUUGUGGAGAAGUAUGACCCCACAAUAGAAGACUCCUACAGAAAGCAAGUGGAAGUGGACGCCCAGCAAUGCAUGUUGGAGAUCCUUGACACGGCAGGGACGGAACAGUUUACAGCAAUGAGGGACCUGUACAUGAAGAAUGGGCAGGGCUUUGCUCUGGUCUACUCUAUAACGGCACAGUCAACGUUCAAUGACCUGCAGGACCUAAGGGAGCAGAUCCUACGAGUAAAGGACACUGAAGAUGUGCCUAUGAUCCUGGUAGGCAAUAAGUGUGACCUGGAGGAGGAGCGCGUGGUAGGAAAGGAGCAGGGCCAGAACUUGGCCCGACAGUGGAACAACUGUGCCUUUUUAGAGACCUCGGCAAAGUCAAAGAUCAAUGUUAAUGAGAUCUUCUAUGACCUGGUCAGACAGAUAAAUAGGAAAACGCCAGUGGAAAAGAAAAAAGCAAAGAGGAAGUCUAACUGCACAAUCCUGUAGACCUGCCCCCUGCAGCAGCUCUGAGCCAGAAUGCUGUAAUGACGAACUGUUGCCCAAUCAGAAUGCCAGCAUUUCAGUCCUCAACAAUGACGUGUGUGUUAAAGCGACACCAAGAGCAGGUCGCUCUCCUUCCAUAACCCACAAAGAGAGAAGGAUCGGCAUAUCUCAGACUCCUCUCUGCUUUUAUAUCCUACAACAACGUGAAGAAUUGUUUUUGGGGUGUUCCUUUUUUUAAUGUCCCACCUCCCCAAAGGUCCCCUCCAACAGCAGAACAUCGUAAUCACUGUAAUGGCUCCUCAUAAUUGUCCCCAGAUGCUCCAGAUCUCUGGAAAAUGCACACAAGACUGCAGUAUUUUUCAUCUUGGCAAUAGCUUAUUUGAAGACAUUGACAUUGUGCUAAACACCUAAUCUUAAAAUGACAUGGACUCAAUUCAAAUCAGUCUAAUUGUUGCAAGUGAAAUCAAGUGGAAAUCAGCCUUUUUAUAACCAUGCACCCAUCUUUCUGCACUAAUUAUGUUGGCAGUAAUAGAUUUAUGUCCAUGUGCCCUUACAGGGACAUCUGCAAAUAACAUCUGUUUUAUAAUUUGCAUCACCAGCUUUCAUAUUUUCCCCAUAAUAUAUUCCAGGUCCAGUUUUUGUUUGCAUAAUGAUGCUUUGAAAAAGUUCUUUUUAUAGAAGGACAUUGGGAAAAUAGUAAGUUGAUUUCUAUGUCUCUUGAAGCUAAAUAUAUUAUACUAAACCAACUCUAAUAUUGCUUCUUGUGUUUUCCUGUCACAAAAUAAUUUUGAGCUUUUAUGAAUGAUUAAAUUUUAGUACAUUUUCAUUAUUUUUGGUCAUGUUUUUUGUUUUUAUUUGCAUUAACUGUCACAUUUAUCAGGACAGAUUUGCUUCAUUAGGUCUGAGAUCUUUCUGCUCAAUCGGUAAAGAGUUUGGAUUUAAACUGUUUAUACAAUUAUCGGUUCCACAUGAGUGAGAUAUGUUGACUUUUACAGUCCAUUAGUGGUGUUACGAUAUUUAUUUUCUCCUGGAAUUUUAUGUGGUUUUGUAAAUUUGAUGCAUGAAGUUUGUUCGUUGGCCACUAGGUGGCAGGGCAAAUUUGGAAAUGGGUUGAUAAGCUAAAAUACAAUGUUGAUUCCCUUGACUUGAAGAUGUAAAGUAAUUGAGUGUUGACUUUAGUCUCCAUUUGAGUAAAGGCAAUAUUUUGAAUGAA